AUGGCUAAUAAAUUUAUUCUUGUUCCCGAGGAUAUUUAUAAAGGUCUUACAAAAUAUGACAUAGGGGAACCAAAUCUAGAUUUUGUUCGACGCAAUCUUUCAAUUAAUCAGGGAAAACAUAAGGAUGCAAAAAAUAUCAAUUAUAAUCAAACACUUAGACAAUAUUUGCAUCUUAGGAAUGAAAGAGAAAACAGACCAGUAAAAGUUGAAUUAGUUACAGACUCAAAAGGUGUUAUAGUACCAAAAACUACUAAUACAGCCCCUGCUUCACAUAUUUCAAAUGAUCGUGGUAACGAGGACGAUUACUGGUUAUCUGAUGACUUGUCCUCUCUUCCAAGAGAUCCGCAGCUUCCUUUGUAUAACAUUGUUCCACCUCUUACGAAUUCAUCUUCUUCCUCUAAACUACAAACUCGGAAAAAGUUAAUACAAAGGGGACCUUCACCUCCUCAUCCUAUUUUUCGUGUGCUUUCAAAGAGAAAAAUAAGCGAGACCGGCAAUGAUGGUCAGAUUAUGAGGGGUAAAAAAUUUAAAGAAAAUCUUCGCGGUGAAUUAAAUGACGAUAAAAAGGUUAUACAGGAAUCUGCAAGUAGACGAGAAAAGAAGAAAAAAGAUUAUGAAAAGAAAAAGAGAGUUAAAAAUAUCAGAACAGAUAUCCCUUUGCAAAGUAAUAAAAAUGAUAAUAUCCACGAGGCUAUUGACGCUCCUCUUGUAAAUUCUCCCCCUUCGUCACUUCUAGCUGCAAAAAGGGUUCAAUCCGAGAAUUUUGAAGGUAGAAAGAAAAGAAAAAUUAGUAAUGAAGAAAGGGAAAAAAUUUUAAUAGUCGAAAAAAGGAAACAAUUAUUGGAACGGAUAAGAGCUAACAAGAAACUUAAAAUCCCUCUUGACCAUUCUGUAAUGCAUGAUUUACGGCAGAAUGAUGAAAGUAUAAAUAAAAUAAAUAAAAAAGGUCGAUUAAUCAUUAGAGAUGGAAGAUCACCUUCGCCGCUUUUACCGCGUAAAAAAUUUAAACGAAAAUGGGAAGGUAUUGAAACAUUAGAACAAAAAAGACCGAGAAAACCAGUUUCAAAGAAACAAUCUGAAAAAUCUGGUAGACAAUGGAUGGAAAGACUUAUAAAUGCUAAACGUAACGAAUUAAAAAGAAAUAAAUUUAAACCUUCACUUUGGUAAUUUAAAUAAAAUAAAUGGCUGAUUACACGA